GGGAUUGUAUUAAUUUUAUGUUGGCAUAACUGAUCGUCUUCGCGAAAUAUGCACGCAUUGAGACGCCUGAAUUUAGAAUGUUCUUUGAAUAUCUAUGUUGAAAUUUAUAGAAAAACGCGAGUGAACCACAAUUUACGCGGAUUAUCUCCUCCAAACUAUAACUUGAAUUGUUGUUCUUUGUGUAAUAGUGACUGUAGUGGGUGACGAACAAAGAAAAACGUAGUGCGUCUAAAGUUAAAACAUGGUGCCGCUAGGACCGGGGCCAGGCCAUCCUGCUGCACAUCAAACGCACGGUGGACCUUCUACCAAUCUUUCCGGCUCCAAUUCCUUAUCACAGAGUGCCCCACAAUCGAAUAAAUCUUCAGUGGCGAAGCCGAAUUAUACAUUGAAAUUCACGCUCGCUGGGCACACGAAAGCAGUUUCAUCCGUUAAAUUCAGUCCCAAUGGAGAAUGGCUGGCUAGUUCGUCUGCUGAUAAACUUAUUAAGGUGUGGGGUGCUUAUGAUGGUAAAUUUGAAAAGACCAUAUCUGGACACAAAAUGGGCAUCAGUGAUGUGGCCUGGUCCUCAGACAGUAGAUUGAUUGUCAGUGCUAGUGAUGACAAAACUUUAAAGGUAUGGGAAUUAAGUUCUGGAAAAUGUUUAAAGACACUAAAGGGUCAUAGCAAUUAUGUGUUCUGUUGUAAUUUCAAUCCUCAAAGCAAUCUUAUUGUAUCUGGCAGUUUUGAUGAAAGUGUACGAAUAUGGGAUGUAAGGACAGGAAAGUGUUUGAAGACUUUACCAGCACACUCAGACCCAGUAUCGGCAGUUCACUUCAAUAGAGAUGGAAGUCUUAUUGUAUCCUCAAGUUAUGAUGGCUUAUGUCGAAUCUGGGAUACAGCAUCCGGGCAAUGUUUGAAGACACUAAUAGAUGACGACAAUCCUCCAGUAUCUUUUGUAAAGUUUUCACCGAAUGGCAAAUAUAUAUUAGCUGCUACUCUAGACAACACAUUAAAAUUAUGGGAUUAUAGCCGGGGCAAGUGCCUUAAGACCUACACUGGCCAUAAAAACGAGAAAUAUUGUAUUUUUGCUAACUUCAGUGUCACCGGUGGAAAGUGGAUAGUAUCAGGUUCAGAAGACAAUUUGGUCUACAUAUGGAAUCUCCAGUCAAAAGAAAUAGUACAACGGCUCUCAGGACAUACGGAUACUGUACUUUGCACUGCUUGCCACCCCACUGAAAACAUUAUAGCAUCGGCCGCUCUGGAAAAUGACAAAACUAUCAAACUUUGGAAGAGUGAUACUUAAAAUUUAGCUUCGGCUUUCAAGCAGAAGCAGUGAUCUGUACACGUGGCUUCAUAUUGCAAGCCCCUACGACACCAAUUUGUGACAAUUGUAUAGAUACCAGCUGUGGUAUUGGACAUUGAACGCUGAACAUAUUUUCGUUUCUAAUCAUUAAUUGAUCACAGUGAAAUGUGUGGCAUUUUCGGUUGUUAUAAUUAUAUACAUAUUUUUGUAUCUGACGUAUAAAAUGAUAAGUUAUGAAAUGUUUUAGCCAUUAUGUUUUAAUUAAGAUUGAGUUUAAGAAUGUCGCUUAGUAAUAAUUUGUUGGAUACGAUUAAAAAUUUAGUAGUUAU